AUGGAGAAGAAGAGACGAGCCAGGAUUAACGUGUCUCUGGAGCAACUGAAGGCUCUGCUAGAAAAGCACUAUUCUCACCACAUCCGAAAGCGCAAGCUGGAGAAGGCAGAUAUCCUGGAGCUGAGCGUCAAGUACAUGAAAAGCCUCCAGAAUUCGGUGCAAGGGGCUGACUACCAGGCCGGCUUCCGGAGCUGCCUGCACGGGGUGAACCAGUUCCUGCUGCGCUCCGAGGGGGCCAGCGAAGCUUCCUCCUUCCACCUGCUGCAGGAGCUCGCCCGGGCCUCCCCGCGGGUGAGCGGCUCCGGCUGCAGGACCACGGACAGCAGCCCCAUCGCGCCGCGCCCGGAGCCCCGGGGCUCCCGGCCCGGCGGCCGCGCGGCGGAGCAGAGGGGCCCUUUGCAGAAAGCCGGCGGCUCCACCCAGCGCCCCCGGGCCCCCAGCUCCCAGCCCCAGACUGAGCCGGGCGCUGCUGCCCCGCGGCGCGGCCCCGUGGAGCACAGACCCUCCGUGCCCAGCCGGAGCCAGGCGCUGUGGCGGCCCUGGUAG